GGCCCGGCCCGCGUCGCUCCCCCGCUCAGCCCCGCCAUGGCCGACCCGCGCUUGAGACAGAUCAAGAUCAAGACUGGCGUCGUGAGGCGAUUGGCAAAAGAAAAAGUUAUGUAUGAAAAAGAAGCAAAACAGCAAGAAGAAAAGAUUGAAAAAAUGAAAGCUGAAGCAUGUGAUGAUUAUGGAAUUAAGAAGCAGAUCGAGAUCUUACAAGAGUCACGAAUGAUGAUUCCAGACUGCCAGCGCAGAUUAGAAGUUGCACAUGCAGAUCUUACUCAACUACUAGAAAAUGAAAAAGAAUUGGAAGAAGCCGAAGAGUAUAAAGAAGCACGUUCCAUACUGGAGUCAGUGAAGCUGGAAGCCUAGAAGUUUUUCAGUACUCUCUUUAUAUGCAUUAGCACUGGGUCCAUUCCACACUUUUAUUUGACUAUGGCUCUAUUACUAUUGUUGACUUGCUAAGGUUCCCUUUAUGCAAACUGGCCUUUCUCUAACUGCAAGAUGCAUCAAAUAAAGGAUGUUCUGAAACAUGUGUGUGUUCCAUAUUCAGGCAAAAUAGAAACAUUUCCAGUUCACCUCAGUUACAAAAAGGAAAAAUAAAGCUAAUUUAAUGUAAGCGUAAUAGCUAAUAUACAGAACUUAAUCUGAACAAUUCAGGCUAAGAAACAAAGUUCAGCUAUGUAAGAAAUGUGAGGGACCAAUAAAUACUUUAGAAUGAAAUAGAAUCAUAGAAUGGUUUGGGUUGGAAGGGACCUAAAAGAUUCAUCUAGUUCUAACCCCCCUACCAUCAGCUUUAGAAGCACCUUAUAUUUUAAAUAAUUUCAAGCCAUUAUAGCAUAACGAUCUGUACUGAAAAAAGGAGAUGGACUAAAUGACCCUUCAAAGUCACCCAUCUUUUUUCUAUGAUGCAAUUAACUGUAAAUUUAUCAAGUAUGUACUCCUUGUUUAUCUUUGAGCCCAAGACAGAAUUAAGAGCUGAUUCCAAAUCUUAGUUUGCCUGGGGCUGAUUUGUAAAGCCCAAUUCACACAAUUACCAUUGAUCAAAAUUCUGGUACUUUUUCAAGAAACAGAAUUUAGCAGCUGACUAGUAUGUUGUCAGUUGGAUCUGCUGGUAAGUGUUCUGGACUGCAUGCUUUUCCUGAAAGCACCUUGGCUUUAGUGAGUGUUUUUUGAACAAAGCUCAAACCCCAGAAGAAAGGGAACUAAUGGGUAAGGGAACAAUACUUAAUCUGCUUGGAAGGCCAUUAAAACAUUAUUUACAAAAGCUGUGGUUCUUUCAGAAUAGCUUCUCUAUACAGCAAACAGCAAGCUCUGCUGAUGAACAAGAAAGCUUUUUACAUUAGUUUUUCUAGUUUGAAAGUGUUCUGGCAUGUUCCUUAAAGGCAACACAAAGCACAGUGUACCUUUUGCGUGGUGCUAUAUGGAAUACUCUUAAUAAAACUUUUUGUUAAUUUGCCUGA